AUGGACGAGGACUUCUCCUCUCAGAUGAAGAAGAUGGCCUUGGCCAUGGGCACGUCCCUGUCAGACAAGGACAUAGAGUUGCUGCCCACGGACAUGAGGCAUCAUGGCUCCUUCAACUACCUCAAGUUCUUGGAGUACAUGCAGAAGUUCCAGGCCUCGGGGCAGCUGGAGAGCGCCAUCCGCCAGGCCUUCCAGACUCUGGACAAGGACAAGAGUGGCUUCAUCGAGUGGAACGAGAUCAAGUACAUCCUGUCCAUCGCCCCCAGCAGCACGCCCACCGCCCCGCUGACGGACGAGGAGGCAGAAGCCAUGAUCCAGGUGGCAGACACGGACGGGGACGGCAGGAUCGACUUCGAAGAAUUUUCUGACUUGAUCAAAAAGGAGAAAGUUCCAAAGAAGAAGUAG